CCGGCGCCCGGCGCCACAAGCGUCCCCGCUCCCCGAGGGGCACGGCAGCGGCGAUGCCCAGGCGGAGCAUCGCCGAGGUGAAGGUGCUGGACGUGCAGAAACGCCGCAUCCCCAACAAGCACUACGUGUACAUCAUCAAGGUCAGCUGGUCCAAUGGAGCCACGGAGGUCAUUUACCGGCGGUACAGCAAGUUCUUCGACCUGCAGAUGCAGAUGCUGGACAAGUUCCCGAUGGAAGGAGGCCAGAAGGACCCCAAGCAAAGGAUCAUCCCCUUUCUGCCAGGGAAGAUCCUCUUCCGCCGGAGCCACAUCCGCGACGUCGCGGUCAAGCGCCUGAUCCCCAUUGACGAGUACUGCAAGGCUCUGAUCCAGCUGCCUCCCUACAUCUCCCAGUGCGAGGAGGUGCUGCAGUUCUUCGAGACACGGCCCGACGACCUGACCCCCCCCAAAGAGGAGCCCAUUGGAAAGAAGAGGUCUGGAGCUGACGGUGCCUCGGCCGAGCCCCUGGUGCUGGAGCAGUAUGUCGUGGUGGCCGACUACCAGAAGCAGGAGAGCUCGGAGAUCAGCCUGUGCGUGGGCCAGGUGGUGGAUAUCAUUGAGAAGAACGAAUCAGGCUGGUGGUUUGUGAGCACGCUGGAGGAGCAAGGCUGGGUGCCAGCCACCUGCCUGGAGGCCCAGGAUGGAGUCCAGGAUGAGUUCUCAAUGCAACCUGAUGAGGUGCCGUGGAGAUACUGGUCUCUGCCCAGGCACCUUGGCCGCCGCCGGACUCUUGGGGACUUGUACACCACUGGAUGGGGUCAAGAGGAGAAGUACACGGUUAUUUACCCCUACACUGCCAGGGACCAGGACGAAAUGAACCUGGACAAAGGGGCCGUGGUGGUGGUGAUCCAGAAGAACCUGGAGGGCUGGUGGAAAAUCAGGUACCAGGGCCAGGAGGGCUGGGCCCCCGCCUCCUACCUCAGGAAGGGCAAUGGAGAUGUGUUCCCACCCAAGCUGGGCUCGGGCUCCUCGGCUCCCUCCAGUGCCCUGGACCUGGAUGGGCUCUCCCGGCAGCAGGUGGUGGCCAGCAGGGACAAGGACGGGCUGGGGGCACAGAGGGACGGGAGGCUGGAGAGCCGAGCUCUGCCCAGCGCCGACAUCCGACGCAAGUCGCCAAAGAUGAGGCAGAGGCCACCUCCCCGCCGAGACCUCACCAUACCCCGUGGUUUGAACCUGCCCAAGCCUCCCGUCCCCCCUCAAGUGGAAGAGGAAUAUUACACCAUUGCUGACUUCCAGACCACCAUCCCUGACGGCAUCAGCUUCCAGGCAGGAAUGAAAGUAGAGGUUAUCGAGAAGAACCUGAGCGGCUGGUGGUACAUCCAGAUCGAGGAGAAGGAGGGCUGGGCCCCUGCCACCUUCAUUGAUAAGUACAAGAAGACCAGCAACGCCUCCAGGCCCAAUUUCCUGGCUCCCCUUCCCCACGAGCUGGCCCAGCUGCGGCUGGGCGACACGGACGGCGGUGCCGGCGAGGAGGUGACAGGGCCCUGCCGACCUCUGCCAGAGGCUCCUCCCAACGGCAUGGACUGCGCUGGGAGGUGGGGAAAGGACUGGAAGGGGAAGGAGGCUCCUGACAGCGGGGACCUGUCCUUCGCCGGGGGCUACGAGGAGAUCUCGGACCGCGACGCGGAGGAGAAGCCCAGCCUCCCGCCCAGGAAGGAGUCCAUCAUUAAAUCAGAAGGGGAGUUACUAGAGAGGCAGAGGCCUCCCCCCAAGCCCCCAGGCAUGAUUUUGCCCAUGAUCCCACCCAAGCAGUCGGCAGCCCCGAAGGACAGCAAGAAGCCGGAGCUGAAAGCGGAGAAGGGCAAACUCUUCCAGCUGAAAAACGAGAUGGGACUGGAAUGCGGGCACAAGGUGUCGGCCAAGGAGGUGAAGAAGCCGAACCUCCGGCCCAUUGUCAAGCCAGCCAAGCCAAAAGCUGAGCCUGCGGAGGACAAACCCGAGCCCAUCACUCAGAACCCAUUCUUGAAAUCGAGACCUCAGAUCAGGCCCAAACCCGCCGCGUCCCCCCGGACCGAGCCGCCCCCAGCCGAUGACAGACUGGACAUUUGCAGCCUGCGGAGCAAGCUGAGACCUGCCAAGUGCCCAGAGAAACCCUCGGAGCAGGACCCCGCCGCCGGGGAGAGCUCCUUCAGCGGCGCCGCCAUCUCUUCGGAGGCCUGCGGGAGGUUUCCGGAGCGGCCGGGCCUGGAGAGCAGAGCCCUGCCCAAGCUGGACGGUGCCCCCAAGGAGGCACUGCCCAAAUCUCCCCUGGGCCCAGCAAACCCGCCCUGUGCCAGGGACGCCGCCCCUCCGCAGCGCCCCGUGGUGCCACCUCGCAGGCCGCCCCCUCCCAAGAAGAUGGGGGCUCCCGUCCCCGUCCCCGCCGAGCCCCGGGGCCCGGCACGGGAAGCUCCCGAGGUCAGGCCCUCGGCGGUGCCAGGGAGGCCCAUGCUGGUCCCUCCCAAAGCCAAGCCCUUCCUCUCUGCCUCCGUGCAAGACGAAGCCAAAGCCAGGAGCGGCGUAAACCCAAAGGUCGUCUCCAAGCCCGUGGAGAGAGCAGGGGAGGCCAAGGAGAGGCCCUCAGCGCCCGCCUCCGGCCCGGACCUCUCCAGGGAAGCUCUCUACGUGGCGGUGGCGGAUUUCGAAGGUGACGAGGAGACCAACAGCUUCAGAGAGGGGACUCUGUUCGAAGUUCGUGAGAAGAACAGCAGCGGCUGGUGGUUCUGCAAGGUGCUGGCGGGGGGGCCGUGCUGGGAGGGCUGGAUCCCUUCCAAUUACCUGCGGAGGAAGCUGUAGCCGCUCCUCGGCCCGCACGGCCCCAGGCUCCCCCGGUCUCUCACCUGAGUAUUUAAUGAGCAGAUUAAUUUAUGGUUUUCUGUAAGGCUGGCUUUGGAAGAGAAGAUAAUAAUUGAGAUCCCGCGCCUCCCCAGCCAGAGGCCCUUGGCAGCUGCUGGAGGAAGCGGCUCGGCCUCCCCUUGCCCACCCAUCCUCCUCCUCACCUUCCCCAAAGGAAUUGCCUCCCCUGGUUCUCUGUGCUGGGGACAUGGACCUUGAGGGACAUUUUGCCACCUCCGUGGAGAAUUGGAGAGAAAUCCAGCAGCCACCAGCUGGAAUGGGACCAGUGAAGGAAAUCACAGAAGGAUUUGCCUUUCCCUGAAGCUCAGGGUGUUUAGUCCAGGGGUGUAGCAGAGCCACGGGGAAUGUGGCAAAAAAGGAGGAAUGAUUGCUGAGAACAGGUUGCUGCAGCUCUGCCUCUGGCUGAGAGCUGUGCUGUCCUCCCCCUGCACGGGGAUCAUCCCUUGCUCCUUCCCUGCUCUACGAUGACAAGUGUUAACUUCAACAUCCUCCUGGUGGGAAAAAAAAAAAAAAAAAAAAAAAAGGGGAAAACACACCCUCAUUUAACAGGUCCUGUCUGUGCUGGCCGGGACGGCUCUCAAGCUUCUCCCCUGCAGUACUGCAACCAAACGUCAGAGGGGUUUUGCUGCCGGAGCUGAGGAAUUCUAUGCAAGGCACAGAGGACCGGAACGACCCCAAAAAAAAAACCCCUGGAAAAGGGAUGCUUUGCUCUCCUCCCCACACAGACUGCCCUGCCUGUUGGACUAGGAGGGGACCACCCCUUCCAGGACCCACUGAGCUCCCCGGGAGCCGGGUCCUUCCCUCGGUGCUGAUAGGAUCAAGUGCAAUCCACAAUGUGGGAGCUGAGCUCCUCAUCACCGCCGGUUCUGAGGCGUGCCUGGUGCUCAGGGGCUGCCUGCCUUGUUUGCCACCCCACCUGCCCGUCCUCCAGGUGCUUCCAUUUCACCCCCAUGGGCCAGGCUGGCUUGGAGGAGCUUCUGGGCAAGCAGAGCCUGGGGUUUUUCCAUGCUGCCAUUCCUGCCUUGCCCUCAGUGCUGCUUAUCCCAGCAGGAGGAUGAGCGUGGAUGAGCUGUUGUUCCCCAGUGCUGCUUUCUUCCUUUCUGUCCUUGGCUGUUUGCAGCUUCAGAGCCGCAUUUCUCCCCAGAAGAGCUUUAAACCUGGAUGUCUGUGGGUUCCACACAGUCACAGAAUUAUUGGGGCUGGAAAUGGACCUCUGGAGGUCGUCCAGUCCAGUCCCCCCUGCCAAGGCAGGGUCAGGUUUGGCGUUGACCAAGCCCUGCUGCCCUCUCUGGUCUAAUUGCAGGUGUGAGCAAUGCAGCCGCAUUGUUUUGCUGCUGAAAAUAAUGACAGUUUUCCCUCUAAUUUGAGGCUGGCUGAAUUGCGGGAGCAUUCUCCACUCCCCCACAUGCUCACUUCCUUCUCUGUCCCCUAUUUUCAACCCAGGGAGUGUGGCGUUGGAGAUCCUUCUGUCUGCAUACAGAAGAAAACUGUGGUGCCUCUGGCCAGGAUCAUUCCGGGAGGGCGGUGGGGCAGUUUCAUCCCAGCAGUCCUGACCAUCCUCAUAUCCAGAAGCCCCUAAAUCCAUUUUUAGCCGUGGGAAUGGUUCCUGUCCCUCCCACCUGCGGUUUCCUCAGGGCACAUCAGCCCCUGAUUCGGCUGACUCACCUGAGCUGGCAAUAAGCAUCGCAUUUGCAACCCUGUGCAAUAACAGAGCUCCUUGCAUGGCACACCGGGAGGUGUUGAUGUGCUCCCAGGGGAGCUGCAGGGUGGGUUGAGACAGCUCUGCCUCGCUCCAGUCAAUCCCUUCUGCUUCAGAAGGGAGUGGGGACAGGCUGAGCUAAGCCAGAGCUGCCCCACAGCCAAACCCAGCUCCCACGGGAUCUGGGAAGGGGCUGGACCUGCAUCCCUGACACAGGGUGCGAGGGCUAUGUGCCCUUGUCCCGGGCACCGUGUCCUUGCUCUGCCUUUGCUGAAUGGCCUUUUCACCUCAGCUCUGUCUCAGAGACCUCUGUGCCCGGCUCUCCUCAGAGAGGGCUGCGCUAUUUGUGUGGCCUCGCUUCUAAACGAGGGCUGUUCCCUCUCCCCUCCCAGCCUGAGCCUCGGAGCUGCUCCGUUCUCCUGACACGAGUACUGUAUCUGGCUCGCUGAGCCUGUGACAGGAUCGCUCCCUCCUUCCCAAAGAGCUUCCAGGAGGGAGUGCCCCGCUGGGAUCACCCUCGGGGGGUGCCCACACCUGCAGCCUUACCCCUUUUUCCCACUCUCCCGUCUGCCAAGGGGCCCUGGGCUGGCCAAGCUCCCGUGGGGAAGAUGCCGGGAGCCACUGGGCUGCCAGGGCUUUGUCCCGCACCUGAUCCGUGCCACCCGUGCUGCCUCUCCUCCCUGCACCUCCCUGCCUACCUCGUGAGGAGGAGGAGGGUGGCCAAAAGCCCCCCAGACUCGGGGCUAGCGCCCCAGCAGCCACAGCCCAGCCUCCCAGAGCAGCCCUGAGAUCAGGGCUUGUGGCGAGGGGUGCCCAGGAGCUGGGAUGUGGGGACAGGCCGGGCUGGGCACAUCCUGGGCAGGCAUCAGCCCUGCCGUGCCCAGCUGCUGCCAGGCUCCCAAAGCCCAUUCCUUUCUCCAUGUGUCUCUAUAUUCUGUAAUGUGUAUAAAUCUCCAUUACUGGGGGUGGGUGGGGGGCAGCAGAAGGUAGAUGUAGCUGUGUCCAUGCCCUGUUUAUACCUUCACCUUUAAGGGAUGGAUUUUUUUUUAUUUUUUAAU